UUAUUGCACAUGCACCGGUAAUAAUCUUUUUUUAUACAUACAGUACAUAGAAAAUAUAUAAAUAAACCCAAAUGUUGGCUUUAAUUUAACAAAUUAACGAGUAAUCAUCAUAGACGGUAGUGUGUUAACUCUUGCGCGUACGCUGCGUUUAUGCGCAAUUGCGAAUUCGUUGGCAAAAUGGACUUACUCGACUCGAUAUUGAACUCAAUGGAUGCUCCUCCAGCCACAAAUGAACAACAAAAGACGCUCAUCAAGAAGCAGCGCGAAAUGAUGGAGCGCAUGCAAAACAAGCAGAAGGAGGAGCUGCUGCGAUUUCGCAAGUAUGUCGAGGAGCGCAUGGGACGCUUCGCCAAGGACGAUCGCACAUGCAUCGAAUUCCAACCGCUGGACAAAGUGCAUCGAUCGGUCAUACAUGAGAUUGCCGAGAACGGCGGAUUUAUAGCCAUGAGUUUUGGCCGCGAGGACGAAGAUCGUCAUUCGGUGGUUUACAAGAAAGAACAUCCGCCUAGCGAGGAUGAGGUGACAGCACGACGCAAUGGCGAAGGCUGGAACAAGGACAUAGCCAAAGAAUACUCCGAGCGACGAAGAGAACGCUUGGCCCAGGAGCAAAGUGAAAAGCAAACCGCAAACUCAUCCGCCGAGCCCGGCUGCAGCUCUUCGGCCGCCCACAACUCGAGCAUAGAAGGCGCCGAGGUGAAGCCGACGUCCAAUUAUAAAGCAAAAUAUGCUCACCUCAUUGGCGAAUCGGCGGCGUUGCAAGCGGCACGCAAAACGGAAACUAACCAAAGCUAUGGCUUCGUGCCCAGCAAGAAUAAAAAGGACAUGCGUUCCAUCGAACAAACGCUUGCCGAUAUUCAGGCCAAGAAGAGGUUAAAAUUACAGCAACAGCAGCAGGAACGAGAGCAGGAGCAACAAGAUUGCCUUACAACAACAACAGCCGAACAAACGGCUGAUGAUGAACAGCAGUGAAAGAAACAAACGUCUUCUGUGAACACAAAAGAAAACAAUAGUAAUAAGAAUAUUGUGUAUGUAAAAUGUAUGAUUUGUUAAAUUCCAAGUUGAAUCAGAAGUGUGAAGUAGUAUGAAGUUGCUUCAUAAAUCAUGUUGACCAUACGCAGCAGACUGUAUCUGUAAGCAAUUCAAGUUGUUGGCCAGUUGAACGCAUUAACUGCGCAUCUUUAGAUAAAAAUUAUAUCAAAUGCAGUGUUCAAUUUGCAAUUUCUAUUUAUAAAAAUAAAACAAAAUUUGUAGUCAAUAGCAACAAAAUCAACAAA